UUUCAUUUCUCCCAAAACUACAGCUUCUUUUAUACCCUUCUUGAGAUAAAUAUAUACUAUCCUAUGGCAGAACUAUCAUCAUCUCAACCUACAAAGGAGCAGUCACCAAUCGAGGCACGACAGGAAAAGCUUUUAAAGCCUCUUGAGCCCUCGGUGAUCCCACCAGAGAAGCUAGAAUAUGCUCGACAAGUGAUCGAAAAAGACCAGGCUAUCAAACCUUUCUGGGUCAAUAAAUACAAGAAGGAGGCUGCCAAAAAUUGGGACCGGUUCUACAAACGGAAUGAGACCCGGUUCUAUAAGGACCGUCAUUGGAUCGAGCGUGAAUUUACAAUCUUCAAAACUAUGGACCCAGACGGUCACCCAGCAAAGCUACAAUGUCUUGAAGUCGGCUGUGGUGUUGGUAACUUUAUCUUCCCAGUCCUGGAGAGAAACCCCAAUCUGUUCAUGUAUGCAUGUGACUUUGCACCUCAUGCUAUUGAACUGGUGAAACAGCAUGACGAUUAUAAACAGGGACGGUGUUCAGCAUUUGUCUGUGACUUGACGACGGAUGCAUUAGUAGACACUAUCCCGGCCAACUCCUUGGACGUAGUCUCCUCUAUCUUUGUAUUAUCAGCUAUCCCAGCAGAAAAAUUAGAAGCGGCUGUCAGGAAUAUUAAACAAGUCAUGAAACCCGGUGGGAUGUUAUGCUUUAGAGAUUAUGCAGUCUAUGAUGCAGCACAGGUGAAAUUCAGCUCCAAUCCAGGACAUAUGUUGGAUACAAAUCUCUAUGUCCGUCAGGACGGUACUCUUUCCCUCUUCUUUUCGACUGAACAAAUCCGUGAGCUCUUUGAAAAGGAAGGAUUUACGACGGUUGAAUGUGAAUACGUUCAUAGAGAAACCAUCAACCGAGCCAUGGAUAUUAGUAUAGACAGACGGUUCUUGCAGGCAAAGUUUAUUAAGCAAUGA